AUGUCGUUUGCAUUGUGUGCGAGAAGAUCAUUUAGAGGACCAGAGGCCUCCCUCUUCUCCAAAGCAGUUCGGACACCGAAGCGUGAUUUCCGGAUCACUGCCCCAGCCGCGAUUCGCGUGUCUGAACUCAUCAAGAACGACCAUCAGGAACUGAGGGGUGCUUAUCAUCAAAUUUUAAGUGCUCAAACGAAUGAUGACAGGGUCAGAUGGCAGAACCAAUUCACCUGGGAGCUGGCUCGCCACUCCAUCGGCGAGGAGCUGGUCGUGUAUCCCGAAAUGGAGCUAAAGCUGAACAACGGGAAGUCCAUGGCGCAGCAUGACAGGGAGGAACACCAAGUGAUUAAGGAGCUUCUGUAUACCUUCCAAGGCCUUCAGCCGGAUGAUACCGAGUUCAUCCCCACCCUCAAAAGCCUGUGGGCCAAUUUGGAGCAGCACAUCAAAGAGGAAGAAAGCCAAGAUCUACCGGCUCUUGAAAGCGCUCUCGGUGACUCCGCCUCCGAAAGCAUGGCGCGUUCUUUCGGUCGCACCAAGAAUUUUAUCCCGACUCGGAGCCAUCCAGCGGCCCCUGAUCAGCCACCGUACGAAACUGUUGUCGGUCUCAUGUCUGCGCCUAUUGAUCGAUUGGGUGAUAUGCUGAGAAAAUUCCCCGACCAGAAGGCAUGA